UUGUGGAUGCUGUUUAACGCGUGUGUUUGUAUAUAUAGCCCGCCCCUAUCAGCUCAACUUCACUCUGCUGAAACCUUUCAACUAGCUAUACUACUUCGCCGCCUUAGCAAAAAUGGAGCAGACUUUCAUCAUGAUCAAGCCUGAUGGUGUUCAGAGAAAUCUGGUCGGUGAGAUCAUUGGCAGAUUUGAGAAGAAAGGGUUCACUUUGAAAGGUCUUAAGCUAAUCACUGUGGAUAGUGCUUUUGCUGAGAGGCACUAUGCUGAUUUAUCAGCCAAGCCCUUCUUCAAUGGACUGGUGGAGUACAUUGUCUCUGGACCUGUUGUUGCUAUGGUUUGGGAAGGCAAGAAUGUUGUGGCCACGGGCAGGAAGAUAAUCGGUGCCACCAACCCAGCUGAGUCUGCUCCGGGGACCAUCCGUGGUGAUUACGCCAUUGAUAUUGGCAGGAACGUGAUUCAUGGCAGUGAUGCUGUUGAGAGUGCGAGGAAGGAGAUUGCUCUCUGGUUCCCUGAGGGAAUUGCUGAAUGGAAGAGCAGCGCCCACCACUGGAUCUACGAGUAAAUGUCCUGGCUUCAACUUGAGUUGUUAGAACAUCAGAUUUGCGAUUUUGUUUCCCUUGCCAUUGGUGGCUUCACAUUGUGAUUUUGGAUUUUGAAUUUGAGUAUGUUUGUCUUA